CACCCAAAAACCCUGCGCACCAUUAUUUUAUAGCGAGAAAACUCUCACAGUAGGGUGCGUCACCGCAGAACAACAUGGCAAUAGAGAAGAACAAAGUGGAAGAAGAAGCAUGCAUGAUUCGCUUCUACAAGAUUGUUCUUAGUUGGGAUUAUUUUCGCAUUCUUCAACAUUCUAAGAAAUCUAGCAGAGAUAUAAAAAAGGGUAGUGAUUCUGGUCUAAAGGAAGUGAAGGAUACAUUUAAAGAUAUUGAUGAUUACCUUUCAACAUUUGAGCCUCUUCUUUUUGAAGAAGUUAAAGCACAAAUUUCCCAAGCAAAGAAUGAGGAAGAGGGGACAUCGGUGCACGAGCAAAAGAUGUGUUUAGUGAAGGAAUGUAGUGACUCUGAAGGGUUUUACUUCCCGGUGGUACUUUACAGGGCGGAUGAGGGGGAGUCGAUUUCUCAAAACGAGCUUUUGCUACUUUCGAAAGAGAAGUUUGAAAAAGAUAAGUUUCCUAGUACAUAUGCAUUUGCAUUGGUGGAGCAUCGUCAGUACGAUUCUCUUAGACUCAGGAUGUUUUUACAAGGUGAGGUUAAGGGAAUUGAUAUUCAUCAUACGGAGCCUUGCGUGAGACUUGUCAAUAUGCGUUCACGCCUCAGUGAGGAGAAGACUUUUUUUUACAUUUCAAAGGUCUGCAGUUUAUCAACUAUUUUCCGCGAAUUCGUUGCCAUGCGAUCAAUUGGCUCUCUUAACUUCAGGGACGUAAUUUUGAGGGGUGCUGAUAGUACUGCUAAUACUACCACUCUUGCCUGGGAGAUUCCUGGGAAGUUGAUGGAAUCUAUUGAAAGUAAUCAUAAUGAGUCUCAACUGGAGGCUAUUCGUGCAGGAUUGUCACGAAAAUCUUUUGUCCUGAUACAGGGUCCUCCAGGGACUGGAAAAACACAAACUAUCCUUGGACUUCUUAAUGCUAUUCUGCAUUCUGUUCCAGCAAGAAUGCAUGUAAAGGAUAAAAUGCGUGACAUGAAGCGAGGUCCAGAAUUACCUAUGGGGGAGAAGUGUCAUCAUUGGCGACUAGCUUCCCCAUGGAUGACUAAGGUCAAUCCAAGAGACGAAAUUAUGCCGGUUGAUGGUGACGAUGGGUUUUUCCCAACCAGUGGAAAUGAAUUGAAACCAGAAGUGGUAAAUUCUAGUCGUAAAUAUCGUGUUCGUGUGCUGGUUUGUGCACCAUCAAAUUCUGCCCUUGAUGAGAUUGUGCUGCGAGUUUUAAAUACAGGGGUUCGUGAUGAAAAUAACCGUGCUUACAAUCCUAAGAUUGUACGCAUCGGUCUUAAGGCCCAUCAUUCAGUACAAGCAGUCUCAAUGGAUUAUCUGGUAGAGCAAAAGCUAGCUGGCCUGGAGGGCCAUCUGGAUAGGCAGAAGCAAGGAGGCGCUGGAAGUGAUAGGGAUAGCAUCCGUGCAUCAAUUUUGGAUGAAGCUGUGAUUGUUUUCUCAACUCUCAGCUUCAGUGGAUCAACUAUUUUCUCUAAAUUGAACCGUGGUUUUGACAUUGUUAUUAUAGACGAAGCUGCUCAAGCGGUGGAACCUGCAACGCUUGUGCCACUGUCAACUGGAUGUAAACAAGUAUUUUUGGUUGGUGAUCCAGUUCAAUUACCAGCUACUGUGAUUUCCCCUGUGGCUGAAAAGCUGGGAUAUGGCAUGAGCUUGUUCAAAAGAUUCCAGAGAGCUGGAUAUCCAGUGUUGAUGCUCAAGACACAAUAUCGUAUGCAUCCAGAGAUACGAAACUUUCCUUCUCGAGAAUUUUAUGAUGAUGCACUGGAAGAUGGUGCUGAUGUUGAAGAGCAGACAAAGCGUGGUUGGCAUGAUUAUCGCUGUUUCCGUCCUUUUUGCUUCUUUGAUGUACAAGAUGGAACAGAAUCACAGCCUGCAGGAAAUGGAUCAUGGGUAAAUGUAGACGAGGUUGAGUUUGCACUCCUCAUGUAUCAGAAAUUGGUGGCGAAAUACCCGGAGCUCAAGUCAAGCUCCAGAGUUGCUAUCAUCUCCCCUUACAGGCUUCAAGUCAAGCUCUUCCGUCAACGAUUCCGAGAAAUAUUUGGGAUUGAUUCAGAAAAAGUAGUAGAUAUAAAUACUGUUGAUGGUUUUCAGGGACGGGAAAAAGAUGUUGCAAUAUUCUCUUGUGUUAGGGCAAGCAAAGAUAGGGGUAUAGGAUUCGUUGCUGAUUUUCGGCGUAUGAACGUCGGUAUCACCAGAGCUCGUUCAUGCAUUCUGGUUGUGGGCUCUGCAUCAACACUAAAGAGGGACAAACACUGGAGCAACCUCGUAGAAGCUGCUGAGAAAAAUAACUCCCUUUUUAAGAUAAGCAAGCCUUAUGCAUCAUUCUUUAGCGAUGAAAGCUUGAAGUCCAUGGAAGUGGAAGUUGAGCCUCCUGAUUUUGAUGAAGAAAUGCUGCCAUAUGUAUCUUUAUAUAAUGAUGCUGACAACUCUGUGCAAGCGGUAGAUGAUUAUGAAGAUGGAGGCUUUGGUGACGCCGGUGGUGACGAUUAGUAGUAGCAGAACCGAUAUACAACUACCAUACUAGACAGUGCUAGUUUGUGUAUUACAGACUACUAGUUAAAAGAUGGAAAUGGUCCGGGUUGUCCAAGCCUACCCAGCUCACUUUAGUUCGACCCACCCAGUGACCACCUCUACAUCACUUAUUAAGCUGUCCUGCAAGGAAUGGCCUAGUGAUAGUGCCAUCGUUGUGCAAACUCCGGCCCGAGUCAGGCUUCGGAAGGCAGUUCACGGGAUAGAGGCCGGUAGGGAAGAGGUAUUUUUGAGGGUUGUGAGAUUAAAAUCGAUCUUUCUGACUCCGACCACUAAGUUUAUACCGUUUUGAAGAUUGGUAUUUCAUUCAUUUAAAUCACUUAAUUUCUUUUUCUGAAAAUAAUAUUACAAUGAAAUCUUAUAAGUAAUUUUUAACAGAUAUUUGGAUCCAAUAUCUGAAGUUGUAAAUAAAUAUAAAGUACUAUUUCUGCUUUAGGUUGUAAGAGAAAAUCUUUGAGGUUGAUAUAUGUAGAAACUUUUUUUUGGUAA